AUGCCUAUAGCAGAGAUCUUUCUCUCUGCCUUCGUCAAAUUGCUGUUUGAGAAGAUGACCUCUUUUGCCUCCUCCAAAUUACCCACCUUUGAAGGUAUUGGUGCCCAGUUCACCAAUUGGACCAAUAUGCUGUCUCAAAUUGAAGCUCUUUUGAUUGACGCGGAGGAGAAGCAAAUGACAGAUCGAGCCGUGAACUUGUGGCUCGAUGAUCUCCAAGAUCUGGCAUAUGAUUUGGAUGAUGUCGUGGAUGAGUUCGCCACCGAAGCUUUGCGACAGAGUCUCAAGGCAAAGCCACACCAAGCUAGUUCCAGCAAGGUAUGGAAUCCCAUCCUUAAUUUCAAGCCAGGAGAUGUUUGGUUUAAUUUCAAAAUGAGGUCCAAGAUUGAGGAGAUCACUACCAGAUUACGCACUAGUUUUGAACAAUGUUCGAAACUUAAUUUGGUUAAGAUUGUUGGAACCACCACACCUACUAAGACUUGGCAAAGACCAGAGUCUACGUCGUUAUUAAAAGAACCUCGUGUUUAUGGAAGAGAAAAGGAUCAAAGAAAGAUAAUUCAGUUGCUUGUAGGUGGGGGUGAAUCAAGUCGUAACAAAGUUGACGUAAUUCCCAUUGUGGGUAUGGGUGGGAUUGGCAAGACCACCCUGGCUCAGAUGGUAUACAACGAUGAAACCGUGAAGAAGCAUUUCGAUCUGAAAGCCUGGGUUUGUGUGUCAGAUGAGUUUGACAUUAUGAAAAUAACAAAAGCAAUUUAUGAUUCAGUCACUUCCCAGACAUGUAGUUUUAAUAACUUGGAUCAAGCUCAAGUUCAACUAAAGCAGGCUUUGGCCGGAAAGAAGUUCUUAAUUGUUUUAGAUGAUGUCUGGAACAAAAAAUACAAUGACUGGAAUGAUUUGAGCAGCCCUUUCAAUGAUGGAGCUCAAGGGAGUAAAGUCGUGGUGACUACACGCAGCAGAGACAUUGCAAGAAUGAUGGCAACUGUCGAACUUCAUGACGUUGAGAUCCUAUCAGAUGAAGAUUGUUGGUCAUUGUUUGCACAACAUGCCUUUGAGAAUAGAAGUAUUGAUGCAAAUCCAAAUUUGGUAUCAAUAGGUAAGAAAAUUGUGGAGAAAUGCAAAGGUUUGCCUCUGGCUGCUAAGACACUCAGUGGCCUUUUACGUUGCAAAGAACGAGAUGAGGAAUGGGUAGAUGUAUUGUGUAGUAAAAUAUGGGAACUAUCACACGAAGAAAGUGACAUCCUUCCAGCUUUGAGAUUAAGUUACCAUCAUCUCCCUUCGCAUUUGAAGCAGUGUUUUGCAUACUGCUCAAUAAUACCCAACGACUAUGAAUUCGAGGAAGAGGAGAUAGUCUUGUUGUGGAUGGCAGAGGGUUUCAUUCUGCAAAAAGGAGAGAAGCAAAUGGAAGAGCCACAGUUUCCAAUAAUUAACUUAAUAGAGGAGUAG